AUGCUUAUACGUUAUAAUUGUUUUCAUAUCAAAUCAAGUGACACUUUACGUUUAAUACUUGCAUUGCAUCUCGCACAUCAGUUUUGCCUGAUCACAGCAUUGUCAAGCAAGAUGAUGAUGGAUACCACCGUCGACGCGGACGGUACAGCAUUCAUUUGUCCCGAAUGCAAUUGGAACGCUAGAAGUUUACCAGAAUUGAUGAGCCAUUUGAAUGACACGCACAGUGAAGAAACAGCGACAAAAAGCGAGGCGCCACCAAAAAAUAUUUCGUCAGUAACACAACCAGAAAAACGUUCAAGACGUAAGCCAGCUUUUAGUCAUCAGAUUAUUUCUCAAGCGUCACGCGAUUCAUCAACAUUGUUUAAUCAACGUAAUUCAUUGAAUAUCGAAGCAGACUCCAAUGAGCUUUGGACUCAUACUUCAACAUUAGAUAGAAAUGAUCCACCAUUUCUGUCAACAAAUACAGAUGAUUCGUCCAUAUCUUUUGUUAGUGAUGAAAAUACGAAUAUAAACAUGAAUUCUAAGCUUCUGCCGAACUGCAUUCCUUCUGCUAAACGUAAUUCCAAUGUCCUCCACUCGAUUCUCAGUCAACAGCGACCCAUUGCUCCGAAAAAUGGUUCACCAACAGCAACUAAAAUCGCGCCUAUCUCAUCACCACUGAUGAAUUCUUCACCAACUACAGAUAAUUCAUUUUAUUCACCAACAAAUCAUUCAAUACAAGCAUAUCGGAAAAACUUUCAAUGCCGAAUGUGUCGUUUGACAUACAAAAACUUCCAUGAUUGUACAGCUCAUAUACGUAAAAAGCAUGAAAUUAGUCAUGCACAAGCUGGGCAAUACGUUGAAAAACUAGACACCGACGCGCCAUUACCUCCCUCAGCUACUGGAAAUUACAAAUUUCGUGUCAAAGUUAAAUCCUUACCUCCACAACAGCAACUGAACAACUUAACAACGAAACGAAAUUCACUUACACCUGAUUUGAAAACAAUGUUUCAAUGUAAAUAUUGUUCGUUUACAAGCCAUUGGUCACAAGAAAUCAGUAAACAUCAACGUUUGGUACAUCCCACUCAUCCACCGCAUAUUUUGCAACAAGAAUAUUCGAAUGACGAUCAAGAGAUCAACAACAGCACGCAUGAUGAUGACGAUGACGAUGAUAAUGACAAUGAUGAAGGAUAUUCAGCGCUCAUAGUUGAUCCAGUCGGAGCGUUUGGAGAAGUUAUUGAUUCAAAUGAAACAACCGAUGAAAAUGAUUGUGAAGACAUGGAAUGUCAAGAUGAGGAAUUAUUAAUCGAACAUGAUGUUGAUGAUGAUGAAGAAGAUGCACUUUGGAAAUAUCAACAAGAAAUCAACGAUACACCAGAAUCAGAUCUGACGAUUACAAAUAAUAAUAACAAUCAAUUAAAUUAUUCAUUUGCGAAACAAUUUAAGAAAUUUCGUUGUCCACAUUGUGAACAUUCAGCACCGACAUUGACUAAAUUGAAACUUCAUGUAGCAACACAUAUCAAUAUCAAACCAUUUAUGUGUUCAAUCUGCGGAUGGAGGGCAAAUCUUCGCUGGUAUAUCCAAUGUCAUGCAAAAAAGCGUCAUCCAAACAUGAGUUUCGAAGUUUUACAAUUGUCUCAUGAAGAGGCUGAACAAACCAUCAAUGCAUAUAUGAAGGAACGUGGUAUGGAUUCGAAGCUGAGCGCACCACCCGAUUCCAAACGUCGUUUUCAAUGUAACUUUUGUCAAUUUCGUUCAAGCCAUCCGAAAUUCCUCGAACAACACAUCGUUACCAAUCAUCCGAAUAGAUCAUUUUCCAAACCAUUGCUAAAUAAACCUCAAACAAUCAAUGGUCACGCAAUGAAAUUAACGAAUCAGAAUGACGACCAACUCUAUUCGACAUUCAUGAUAAAGCCACCAACUAAAAAACUUAACGGCGAUUAUCAUGAAGAUAAACAAGCCUCUCAAGCGCUCUACAAUCGUUCAAGUCUAAUACAAUCGGAUGGAACCGUCAUCUUACCUGAUCCAUCUCAAAUUGUUUAUCCGAAUUUUUCAUCACACGCAAAUUUUAAUUCAAACCGUUUAUUCUACUGUGCGUUAUGCUACCGUGGUUACCGAUGGCGAUACGAUGUGAAACGUCACCACAAAACAAUGCAUGAAACACCUGAAGACGAAGCUGCGAUGGGGUUAUCCAUGAGUCCGAAAUCUGUCAAACGUCGAAAUAAAGAAUUCAAUCGAAAUUUCCGAUAUUUGGAAUAUGUUCCACAAUUGGAUGGGCUUAUUCAAGCAUCGAUGUCAAGUGUAAAUAAUCAGCAACAUCAUCAUCAUCGGACAAAUCACAACGCUCGCCAUCACGGUCAUCAGAAUCCAUAUCCGAUGAAACAAGGCAACGGUUUUGACGAUGAGACAUUAUUAGAUAAUGCUAGUGAUGAUGAAGGAAGUCAGAAUGGUGAUUUAAAAUUAAACAUAGCUGAUGGCCGCACAGUGGAUAUAACAGAAGACGAAGCAGCGGCUUUAUUUAUGAUCGAGCCGCAUAAGUCCGACAAUAGUUCAUCGCUUAUUACUGAUCACGCCGACGAAUCAAUCAUUGUUUUCGAUGACGAUCGUUCCAGUUUGAAUAAAUCAGGUGAUUUAUCGAAAAGUUUAAAUCGUUCGUCAAGUGGUUUUAAACCAUAUCGUUGUCCAUAUUGCUUUUAUCGAACGAAUUGGCGUACAGAUUCCUUACGACAUAUUCGUGCACGACAUAAGAUUGAACCAACGCAAGAUGGAUACUAUGAAAUGACACCAGAAGAAGCGGAAAGUACUUAUGCGGAAUACGAACGAACAUUUGGUUUCGUUGUUUCGAAGAAAGUCUUAGGACGUUUCACAGAUUUUCGUCAUAUGGAAUGGAAGGAUUUACAACGAUCAAUUUGGGACAAAAUCAAAGAUAAACAAGGUUACGAACAGAUAAUUUAUGAUCGCCUUCGACCAGAUAAUGAUGUCAAAAUUACACGUAUUAGUCCAACGAUCCGUAAACAGACGAUUGCACAUACAUCUAUCAAUAUGAAAACAUUAUCAUUGUCCAUGAAAUCCAAACGAAUGUUUACUUGCAUGGAAUGCGCUUUUCGUUCAUAUAAACUAAUUGAAUUAGACAAACAUAUUUGUGCACAAUUCCAAAAGUCUAAUCAGCGUAAAGCAAACGGCAAGUUUCUUAUCUCACUUUAUCAUUGCACGAAAUGUUCAUAUCGAACAAUAUACAAAAACUACGUACGGAAACAUAUUCAUUUACAUCAAAUGCGCGAUAAGAAACAAACGAAAUUUCACUACUGCUCAUUCUGUGGAUACAAUCAUCAACAGCGAAGUUUAAUCAGUGUACAUAUUGCUCGACAGCAUCCCAUGGAAAAUGUGUCGACGACAACGAAGUCUUGUCAGACAAAUACGAAUGCCGAUUUUUCAAUAAAACAAAUCAAUCUACGUCGAUCAUUUAUUGCAAAUCAAUUAGAUAAGCAUCAAACGAAAAAAUCCUCGAUAUUCUAUUGUUCGACAUGUCCACAUAUAUCGACAUCUGUACUAGAACAUGAUCAUCAUCAAUCCUGUCAUGCACCGAAUCCUUCCAAUUUAUACAAAUGUUCUCAUUGCACAUUUGCAUCGAAUUCUUUAUUAUAUACACACCAACAUAAUCUAUUGCACUCGAGAACAAGUCGGCUGUUGUCUUUGCAUACUGAUACAAAAAAUCUGAAACAUCUAUCAAUGUCAAUGAUACAGAAAGAAACUCUUGGUAAAAAUCGUCGAUAUCAUUGUCCAUACUGUCAAACAUAUUCUUCGAGUACUUCAUCAAUAGUACUCAACCAUAUAAAAAAUACUCAUUCAGAGAACAGUAGCCAAUUUGAUAAUAGCCUGCUAAUCGGUUCAGAUAUGGCCAAAGAAAUUCUUGCAUUAGGAAAAACGGUGACUAAUGAUCAACACAUGGAUUUUAGUUGA